AACCCAGAAGCCUUUUCGGGUUUUGUCAACUCUGAGCUCACAAAAACCCGAAACGCCAUUUGCGUGUUGGAGAAGAAAAAGCUUGUUGAGGUUUUACUGGGAGCAGAAAAAAUUGCUUUUGAAUUUUUGUGCGGCUGCAAGGAUUGUGAUCACCAGACAAGGAAGGUCUCAGUGCAGAAACAUACUCCAAGGAUGCUAUCUAGUAGUGUAGAUGCCACACAGUUGAAGGAUCCUCAUUCACUUGAAGUUCAUCCGAGAGGUGCCAAUUCUCACACUGACCCAUCACACAUUCCCCCUUCAACAGUUCAGGUGCAGACUGAUUCAAGGCAUCCAGUUGAAAACAGUGCUAGAAAAUUUUCAGAGAGAGAAUCUCUCUCAGAUUCUGAUGGAAUGCAAGUCAGUCAAAUGCCACCCUCUUGUGUGGUAGCUUCGGAUCAAGAAAGGGAGUGCUCCUCAGUUCCUACGCAAGUAUUUAACAAGCCACAGCAACAGCAACAACAAUUGCACUAUUCAGAGUCAUCACUUAGUAUGCAUGGAAAUGCUGGUGGUACUUUUCACCCGUAUUCAGGGACAAGGAUCAAUACUUCUGCAUUGCCUGUCAAACAGCAACCUUUUGAUGCACAACCAAGGCAAAGUCUACAACAUCAAAGCAUGGGUUCUGCUCAGUCAGGUGGGCAAGCACAUGGAAUGAACAUCAUUAGUAUGUCCAAAAUGGGGAGUCAAAAUUCUAUGAAUGACCCUAGUAGACUGGAAGGUGGAUCUUGUUCUCACUUGAACAAUAAUGCUACUUUAGAACAGAAUCCCGGUCCUUGUAAAUCGUCAAAUAAAGAGCAGAGUUCCGAUCCCUUGUCAUCAAUGGCAUAUGUCAAACAGGGAUCGUUUAAUCAGACUAUUAGGCAGCAACACAACCCCUCAUUGCCUGAUUCACAGGGAUUGCCUUCUGUUUCUGCUGCACUACUUGAACAGGGAAAUGCAUCAUCUGGAAUUCCAAUGAAUGAAGUCUUAGAGAAGUCUUCUAGAUUAGGCGCUUCAACAUCUGUAAGCAUUGCUCCUUCAUCAUCUAAAAGCACAUUGCCCACAAUUUCUGUUUCUCCUUCCCUCACGAUGCAAGUCAAUCCUAGUGUCUCGUUAGGCCCUCGGAUAACAUCUGGAACCUCUCCUUCUGGGGCUUGUAAGAAAACCCUUCCAAAAAAACGUUCUCUUGGCCAAAACAAGCCACUCGAAACACUUGGUUCAUCACCAUCGCAAUCAAGUAAGAAGCAAAAAGUAUCUGGGACCUUUGUUGAUAUAGCAGAACUGAAUGAUGUCACUUCUGUCAGUGGAGUCAAUCUCGAGGAAGAGGAAGAGCUGCUAUUUUCAGGGCCCAAGAAGCAUAGUAAAGCUUCAGAAGCCUCUCGAAAAUUUGUGCAAGAAGAAGAGGAAAGGCUGAUUUUGCAGAAGGCUCCAUUGCAGAAAAAGAUAGGGGAAAUCAGACUUACACAUGUGUCUUUGAUAGUGGUCAAAUGCGGUUUGAAAAGUGUACGACACGAUGUAGAGCGAUGCUUGUCAAUGUGUGUUGAAGAAAGGAUGAGGAGGCUUAUAAAUACUUUGAUCCUACUGUCAAGGCAGUGGGUUGAUGCUGAAAAGUCAAGACACCACACUAUUACUACCUCUGAUGUUCGGCAACAAAUUAUUGAUCUCAAUCGGAAGCCUAGAGAAGAACGUAAAAAGAAGCGGGCUGAGGCAGAAAAGCUCUGGAAGCUUAAUGAAACAAACAAAAAGGACAAUGACAAAAUGAGGACAGCAGCAGCAGCAAAUGUUGCUGCCCUUGCGGCCGUUGGGGGAGAUGACAUGUUCUCAAAAUGGAAACUUAUGGCACAAGCACGGAAACAACGUGAUGGUGAGAUUGAUGCAGCAUCUAGAUCCCAGCCAGUUCAAGGUGUAAACCGCACACCUACAUCUACAGCUGGAAGAAUUAUGGAGAGUGAAGAAGCAGAGAAAAAGGGUGUUGCUGCUCCUGUUGCUGCAGCUGCUACUUCCAGAAAAGCCGGAAGUAACCAAGUUACCACGACUCAGACAAGGAUGGCUCGUAGUAUAUCAGUCAAGGAUAUGAUUGUUGUCUUGGAAAGGGAACCUCAGAUGUCGAAGUCCACUCUGCUGUAUCGGUUGCAUGAGAGAAUCCAAUCCGACACUGCUAUCGCUUCGUCAAAUUGAAAGAAAAGAAAAACAAGGAGAUCCCAUACAUCAAUCUGUCUCAAGGGUUCUGAUGGCCUUAUCACCCCAUUACAGGGGAGCAUGAAAUUGUAAAAUUUGCAAGUCUCUCGACAGGUAUGAAUCAAGUAGCAUCACAAAACUAAGAGCUUAUGACAUUGGUCACAUAAUUUGUCAAGGAAAUCCUUUUUGUUGACGAGUUUGUAUACAGGCGUGAACCGGUUCUUAAGUAAAAAAUCUCCUCUCUAUUUGUUUAAGUUUUUAUUUUGAAUACUUCGAUAUAUCUACACUUAAGGGUAGGGGAUUUGGACUAAGGCACGCAAUGGAUUUUGUUAUAAUAAUUGGUUUGAGCUCGCAAUAGACAUAAUUGAACAUAAGAUCUUUUACUUAC